CAGGGAGUAUACUGAGGGGUUACUCGGAGUAGUGGCUUCAUUCGAGGGUAUGGCUCUGCGGAAGGAGACGAUGCUUUGUGCCUCCAGCGUUCAGGUCCCGUCUCUACGGACUGGGCUAUCCAGGCCUUCUCGAGCAGCUAGGAGAGGAGUCUCAGCACGCGGUCGAGGCGGACGCAGAACACCUGUCAGUCAGGAUGACGAGGAGUUUAGCGAGGAAGAGCAGUCGACACAUCCUCAGUCUGAGACAUCUGCAGGUAGGGACGAUGACUCAGGUUCCGGUUUGGAGGAUGGAGGCGACACUGAGGAGGCUUCCGAGGACGGUGACUCCGGUUCAGAUGAUGGUGCCAGUGGCGCGGAGGCUGCUUAACCGAAGAGGGUAAAGAGGGCCUCUCUGUCUUGAGCUUGAUGGCACUGAUGCAGAUGUUCCUGCUUUAUUUUUCUUUUUACAUGUAGUUGUAGCACAUUGUACAGCUUAGGCAGUUUUAUUUUUCUUCCAAAACUUGUACCCUUCUGUAAAAUGUUGUAAAAAAGAGCUAUGAUGGGAUGAAAACGACU